AUGAGGCGGCCUGAUCCAGCACAUUCAGUUGCCUGGACACAUCACAAACGGAAGAUUAAGCUGGGUCCCAGUUCAUAUGUGCCGGGUCGGUAUCUCUCUGAAGUGGUCCCGAUUUCAAGUGCGGAUAUGCAACUGGCACCAGUGCUUAGCCAAUCUAAUCGGUCAAGGGAAAGGUUGGGGACGCGGGUUUGCUUGGUCUUCCUCUCCAAGGUAGCCGAUCCAGAGCUACUUGUUCCACCAUCACUUUCUUCGUCAUCCGAUUGUACGUUUUCCUCGCUCCCAGACCGAGCCAGCCGUUGUCCGGAAACAAUACGUUGCCGUGCCCACAGUAGUACGCGGAAUACCAGGUCCUCGCUAAGCAACUGGUCUGUGCCAUUCCUCUCACUAUCGGACAAUGAUUCGCACGUUAAAUUCACAAUGAGGCGUGCACUCAGUUGUCCAGACAGGGAACAUGCUAAGGCAUCAGCAUUCUCCUGGACGUAG